AUGGCCGUUGUGCUGGCGCUUACCGGGCGAUUUGGCCUCAGAACAGGGGAAGCACUGUGCCUAAGGCGGCAUGCCCCAGGCUCCGUGAAGGUGCAUUUGAAGUACGGUCGCCUCACACUUCACGACGUCAAGAAGGCAGUGGACAGCCUGGAUUCCGGAUGUGUGCGCAAGGGCGCUUCGUUGAAAUC